GGUGGGAGACCUCGUGUGCGUCAUCGAUAUGCCGCCUCAGGAGCUGAGCCCCCGCUGGAGAGGCAAGCACGGCUUUCAGGUUGGAUUUUUCCCUGGUGAGUGUGUGGAGCUCAUUAAUGGAAAAAUCCCAGAGUCUCUCAUCAAUUCAGUGCCAAAGCCAGUGCCAAAGAAGCGCGGCAAGCUCCUCACCUUCCUUCGUUCCGUGGUGAAGGCCCGCCCAAAGCAACGGAAGGAGCGGGAGGUGGAGAAGGAGAGGGUGUUCGGCCGUGACCUGGGAGAGUAUCUUCUCCACUCUGGUCGUGAUGGUAAGGGACAGCCCAUUCCUGAGAGCUUCCCUGUUUGGGAACCUAAAGAUGAAACGGAGAUGGUAUCUAGCAAGGGGCAGGUUGAUACCAGCGGAGAAACGGGGAAUGGGAGUUGA